UCAGUGGCUGUGCUGGCGGUCCUGCUGCUGCUGUUGAGGCGGCAGUGGUGAGCGCCAUGGCGGCUGUCGGUCGAAUAAGCCCCAGUCAGGGUUGUACGCCGCUGGCGCGCGUGCUGCGGUGGUCAGGUGCAGCGGGUGCGGUGCGGCCAGCUGGGCGUGUGGCGGCGGAACAUGGCCGGCAAGGGGAGCGGCUGCCGCCUCCGCCUCCCGGCGAGCCCGGCAGCAAGGCGAGGCGACGAAGGGCUUCGCGCGCGACUCCCAGGGCCACUGUCUGUGGUGUGGCUGUCUCGGCGCAGGCGGCUUGUGCCGCCUUCGAGCGGGUGACCGCUCAAUGGGCUUUUGGUGGGCACAGGGGGUGGGGGUGGCCACAUGCAGGUGGGGUGUUGCUGAUGCUGAAAGGCUGUAGAAGGCGGCGGGAGGAUGCCAGGUGCCGCUCCAUAGCUGAAAUGCUGCUGCUGCUGUUGCUGUGGCUGGGUUGCCGAUGGCAUCGUGCUGAUGCUGGUGCGCUUUGUUUCCUCAAGCAACAGGGGAGGCUGGUGAAAAGGACGACAGGAAGAGAGAUGGGUGCACUGCUCGUAUAGAUCGUCCCACAGUUUGUGUCUGCACGGCGUACCGCUUGUCGUGGCGUCAGCACGGCCUUGUGUGCACGGCAUCUGCAUCCGUCUCCUCAUGUCCUCAUAUUCCUGCGCACAGGCAGACAUACAUAGACACAUGAAAGACAUACCUGCCUUUCUCCCUAGCUGCCUGCCCGGCGUGGCUGGCUCACCUGUUGCGGCUGCACGAGGGACUUGAGCCCGACGCGCCCAGCACGGCGAUUUCCCCUCAGCUGAGGAAAGGCAUCUGCACAUGGUAAGCAGUCGUUUAUGCGACCUUCUUUCUUUCGUUUGGUGUAUGGUGCUCCUGACUGCCUGACCUGGCACAUGUAUUUGUGGUAGUGGGGGUGGGUUGGCGAUUUUGUGCCAGGCCCUCUGUACAGACACCAGACGCAGACAAAUAAAAGGCCGCACUUCAAUGCAUAUUCUAUAUAUACAGAGGGGGUCGAGCUCCUCUGGCGCCCUCCCGCUUGGCCCUCGAUAGCAACUGCACACACCGCCGCACACACACACAUAUGAAUGAGCAGCGGCGCACCACAUGGUCGUCGUCGUUGACGUCCUCGUCGUCGUCGUCGUCGUCGUCCUCGGCGGCCGUGUGGCAUUUUCCAAUGCGGGCCUUGGGUGUGCUGCUGCUGCAAACAGAGAAAUCACAACGCUGAAAGCAAAGCUGACCAGACAUCUCGUCAACACCACCAUCAUUACUCAGGCCACUCGAACUCCCCUGAAUGACAGCAGAGAGACCAUGGUAUGGAUACAUGCCCGCUGUGUACAAUUGUCCUUACAGUUUCAGAGCGUGGGAACGUGGAAGAAGUCUCCGUGUCCAGCCAAAUAUAAAAUGUGGGCAGCGAUUGCCUCUCCCCAUCUGCACAACAGCAGAGACACCAUCAUAGGAAGUCCACUGGGACAAAUAUGUACAGGCCAUGCCCCCCUCUGCUCCGCCCACUCACAACAGCAAGCAUCCCUUGGCUGGCUUCUGUGUGUACCCUCUGCGCGAUCAUGAACUUCGCCUUCAGCUGGGCCUCGUUCAUCGCCUCGCCCGUGCCGCGAGGUUCUUGAAACACAUUCUCACCUUGGUGAAGAGUUGGUCGAGGAGAGGAGCCCACUCCGAGUACGUCCUGUCACUGUAGGGGAUGGACUUGUCGAGGCUGAGCUCCUUGAGCGCCUCCCAGACGUGGUGCUGCUGGCCGCAUCGUCUGAAUACACGACGUCUUGCCAGAGGAUGAUCGUCGAAUAGCCGAGGCCUUGCAGCACUUCCCGCGGCAUGUCAUGCAGGACCUCACACUCAAGGGGAGAGUGAGAAAACAACAGAAGGACGAAGAUGAGUGGCGCAUGGAUACAUUGCAUGUCGUGUGCGUGCUCCUCCCUUUGUGUGUGUCCGACUCACCCGACAGAGAAGCCAGAGUUUGGAUCAGAUGCGGGGGUCAAGGUCGUCUCCUCGCCCGUGGCUGCGAGCAGCUCGAAAUACAUGCGAGGUCAGCAGUCCACUGCGAGUGAGUCGCUGACCUCGUCGCGACCACGAUCGUCUGAGUAGCCGCGGCCUUGUAGUUCUUCUCGCGGCGCUGGAGGUAGCCGGGACAGCUGCAGGCACCCACCCAGGGCCAAAUAGGGGAGGGUGCUCUGAUCUCUGAGAGGCGGAAGCAAAGAGCUGAAUAAUGAAGCAAGUAGAAGCCGUCUGCCUUCCCUCUCACCUUUUUGGUCACACAUGAGGCGAUAGGACGCGGGUCUCCGGCGCACCGACGACGAAUAUAAAAUGUAAGCAGCGAUUGCCUCGCCCUGCCUGAGCUACAGAUGAGACACAAUCAAGGGGAGACCAUGUGACAAUAUGUAUAUGCCAUGCCUCUCAGCCUGACCCAUGGCAGUCGUCUACACACCUAGGCAUCGACAUGCCCGGCAGCUCAAAGGUGGCGCUCACAGGAGCUGCAACAACCAAGCCACAGAGAGAAAGCGAUGGAUGGUGUCUCUGCAGGCAAUGUGUGUGAAUGAUGUGGGGGGCAGGUGAAGGCGGUGGAGGGUUUGGCUGAUGAGCUUCACGCUCCUCCACUGGGCGACCGAGAGGAAUUUCGAUGCCGGCGCCCCUGACUUGAUCUUGGCGAUGUAGGCGAGGUCGGUGAGGGUGACGGCGCCUGCCGGCCGCUCCACAACCGCCGCUGCUGCUCCUGAUCCUCCCAGUGGUCCCUUCCUUGCCCUCUCCCGGAGGUAGAGCAGCGUCUCGGCCUCCAUGCAAUUCGCACCUGAAGAGCAACAUUAAGCAGGACACAGACCGACCAACCAGAUGUGUGGGAGUAUGGGUGGGUGUGUCAAGGGGUCGAUAUGACUGUCUGUUUCUCACCGCUGUCUGUCGGUGCGUCCCCGUAGUUGUCGGUCUCGUCCGGCCGGCCUGGUGGGGGAGGCUGCUGCUCCAGGAAGGUGCCGGUCGACUGGGGCAAGAAGGCUGAGGGGAAGAAACACGGCCAAGCAGACAGACAACUCCCAUGAGCCACGUGUCGAGUGCAAGUGUUCCUCCCCUCCCCCACAGCACAGCAGCUUACCGGCGUACUCUGUCAGCAUGUACAAGCCCUGCAACUCCACCGGCACCCUCCGGUGCGUCGUCGGUGGCCGCGUCACGUCCAGGAAGCCCAGCGCACGGUAGCGGUGCAACUGGGCAUCCAUGAGGCGGAUGGUGGGGCUGGUGCCCUUCCUCAAUCGCCGCCCAGGCCACCACUGGGGGCGUCACGGCCUUCUCUUCCCUCCCCGUGAUCAGACCUGCGACACGCCACACACGCCAAGCCGACAACAACCAAGGCACAUGCCACAUAGUGAUAUCCGUCAGGCCAUCCUCUCAACAUUGGUGGCGUUUGCCGCGGGCGAUGGUGCUGCGGGUAUAGCAUCCUCGACAGCCCCUCCAAACAGUCUC